AUGUCACGAUUUCGUCAAAGACUUGGUGCGUACCUUCUGGCGCUUGUGUUUGUGUGGGGAGGAAUGUCGUGGUUGUUCCUGAUGUGGACGCACCUCGAGAGUGAUGGAACACGAUUGCCAGGGAAGACAGAGCGUCAUCAAGGAGACAGCAUGCUGAAGGGGGAAUACAGAAUAGCGACAGGAAGGGAGGACGUCGACAACGCCACUGUUGUGUUCAGGGGAGACUUACCUCCUGAACCUAUGCCUAAUGAACCCGACUUUGAUGUUGUGCGACACCUUUUCAACAUAACACGUGCCGUUACCCCUAGAAGAGCAAAAGAAACACCAGCUUGCCUUCAGAAAGAACGCCAUGAACGAAUACGUCAGCAACAUCAUCGGCGUGAGACGGAAGCUGAGGGAUGUGAGACUGGAGGGUUGUGCCGAGCGUUACUCCUCCGCCGGUCUCCCCAGACCAGCAUCAUCAUCUGUUUCGUCAACGAGGCGUGGUCAACGUUGCUGAGGCUGAUUCACAGUAUCCAUGACAACACCCCGCCCCACCUAGUAAAGGAGGUGAUCCUCGUCGACGAUGGAUCGUCAUGGGAUUUCCUGGGGAAGCCGCUGGACGCCUACAUGGCUCGGUUCCCUAAGGUGCAAAUAGUCCGAGCCAGGAAGGGCCUGGGGCUGAUGGUGGCGAGGACAUUGGGCUACAACUACACCACGGCGCCCUUCAUAACGUUCCUGGACUCACACUGUGAAUGUUUCCCAGGGUGGCUGGAGCCCUUGCUGACCCCCCUGGCCACGGACCCCAAGGUGGUGACCACGCCCUGUAUAGACAGUAUCGACAAGAACCACUUCGGCAUCGGUGUCGGGCCAGAUGCGCUGGUUGGGGUGGUGGAGUUCCCGACGCUGCAGUUCGGUUGGCGAAUAGCGCCCCCGAGAGAGAGGAAACGGAGGAAGAGCAAGCUGGAGCAUGUCAGAAGCCCAGCAAUGGCGGGAGGCCUUUUCUCCAUCACGCGUGAGUUCUUCGAUCUUCUUGGAGGUUUUGACCCUGGAAUGAAAAUCUGGGGAGGGGAGAAUAUCGAGAUGUCGUUCAAGAUCUGGAUGUGCGGUGGGCGGAUUGAGACGCCCAUCUGUUCACGUGUCGGUCACGUGUUCCACAGUCACAACAGCUACCAGGGGCUACGUUCGGGGACCUUCGAGGCCGGUGAUGCCAACAACGCCCGCGUCGUGGAAGUGUGGAUGGAUGACUACAAGAAGUACUUCAACCACUACAGAAGAAAAGUUCGUGAAACACGCUACAUACCAGGAGAUGUCUCUGAACGCCAGAAGCUAAGGGAGAGAAUUGGAUGUAAGUCCUUCUCCUGGUACAUCGAAAAUGUGUACCCGGAAGUAGCCCUACCGGGAGACGGUAUAUACUCAGGGGAGAUACGUAACGAGGCCUUUCCCAAAUUGUGCCUCGAUAUGAUGACUUCCAAAGAGGGGGGUCACCCCGCCAUGUUUGGCUGUCAUGGGCAGCGGGGUACUCAGUUAUUCGACAUGACGGAUCUUGGAGAAAUCGUGUCGUUGAACCGCUAUCUGGCCCGAGUACACGGCGGUGUAUUGUCUAACCAGAAGAGCAACUGGGGCUCUCGAAAACACGUCUGGGAUUACAAGGACAAGUUAAUAAAGAGACACGAUAACUGUUUGACUUUGAACGCGACACUGCACGUGGUGAUGGAGAAAUGCUCCGGAAAGACGUCCCAGAUGUGGACGUGGAAUUAUCACAGACCGCGGAGGAAGAAUGUGCUGAGGAUUGAAGAAAUGUGAAAAAUGAUAUCAUUUUAAAAUGUCAUGGCGUUGAGUGCAGGGUUGUGGUUCUUUACCUGAAAUAUCAGAUGGCCGUGAAACGAGUACAUUUUAGGAAGAAAGCCAAGGUAUCCCACUUCUUAUCGGAAAAGGGGCGGCGGGGUAACCUAGUGGUUAAAGCUUUCGCCGGUCACGCCGAAGACCCAGGUUCGA